AUGACGAAUAUACUCCCGCAAGAGCUCAUCACCGAAAUUCUUUCUCUACUGCUCGUCAAACCUCUGAUGCGUUUUCAAUGCGUUUCCAAGGCAUGGUUUGUCACAAUCAACGACCCAGAUUUCAUCAAGAUGCACCUCAAUCGCUCCAUUGAGACCAACAGAGAACGCGCUCUCAUUGCAGAUGCAAACAACGGCAUUCUGCCGCACUCUUACUACUUGGUAAACUUUUCCGACAAUAAACGGUUCAGUGAGCCGAUGGAGAUCUGCCCGCCAUUCAACCAUCCAACAACAAGGUUCAUUAAAAUUGUAGGCCAUUGCAACGGCCUGAUUUGCCUUCAUAUCUGUCCCUUUUGUUGCUCCAAUAUUGAAGAAAGAAACAAAUAUCCCAAUGAGAUUGUGAUUUGGAAUCCAUUGAUCAGAAAAUACAAAAAGUUACCCUUUAAGCCCAUAGAAAAUCCUGAUGAUUAUGAGUUAAAACUAGCAUUUGGGUAUGACCAAAUCAACGACGACUACAAGGUUGUAAGGAUUUUGAAGCCCCUUCUUGCAAGUGUCUCCGAAGUUUGCCAUCAUGUAUAUAGUCUUAGAGGAAAUUCCUGGAGAAAGGUGGAAGACAAAUGGCCUCGCAAGGAUUUGUAUUUGAAUAUGAAUUUGUCGGCUUCCUUGAACGGUGCUUUGCAUUGGGUGGCUGGUCGGAGGCGGGGGUUAACAAGUGCCAUUAUCGCAUUCGAUCUCAGCACGGAGAAAUUUCGAGUCCAUGCGCUUCCGAUUGAAAUUAACUUUUUAGAAUACAAUACACAUUUGGUGGUCUUGGGAGGAUGCCUGUGUGUUUGGGAGGCUAAUUGUCAACAAUUUUUUGACGUUUGGGUGAUGAAGGAGUACGGGGUGGCGGCGAGCAAUUGGACACUGCUUUAUAGGUUGCCGCAGGGUUCGCAACAAACUCCUUCCUACGCCAUGCCUGUAGCCCUCUCAAACAACGGCAAAGAGGUUUUGAUGCAUGAGUACUCAGGGAAACUUUAUUGGUAUAACAUAAAAAAGAAGAGAAGCAGGAUUGUUGAGAUUCAGAAAAGUAUCGAAAAAUGCGACUUGAACAUUGUUGUUGUGGGAAGCCUCCUUCUCCUUGAUGGGGAGCUUGACCAUUGA